CGAGCCAGGAACGUUAUUGCGCGCGGAAGAGGAAUGUCGGAUUGAGACCGAAUAGAAGCGGCUCGUCGUCAGUCUUUCAGCUAAACAUUGAAAGCUGAAUGAAAGUAAAGGAAGAGAAUCCCUGUUGUUUGAGGAGCAUUUUGGAGGUAUAAUGCUUCAUUGUAAAAUCAAGACUGAGAAAACAGAUGCUGGAACUCCUGGAGCUCGAAACCGCCUUGAUGCAGUGUUGCAAGGUCUAGUUGAGAGGAGUGACAGUGAGAGAGAGCAAAAUGAAGAGGAUGCUGGAAAAAUGGCAGCAGACUCUUUGAGCAAGGAUUUGUCACCUUCCUCUGCUGGGAAAAGACCAUCAUCACGAUUCCCACAACAUAGAAGGAAGAAGCGCAAAGAGAUGGAUGAUAGCCUGGCUGAAACCAACCAGCACAAACAAAAUGCUUAUGUCAUCAAGUUAUUUGACCGUAGUGUGGACUUGGCACAGUUCAGCACCACCACUCCACUCUACCCUAUCUGUCGGGCAUGGAUGAGAAACAACCCCACUGUGCGAGAGAAAACUGCCCCCAGUCCCCCUCACAGCUCUGGAGAGGACGAGAUGACUGACAUGUUGAACGGCAAAGGUCAGAACGUGUACAGACUUCCUCCACCUGUUUCCUGCUCGGUCAAUUCUGCUGGUGAGCUGGUUAAUCUCAGAAUUCCUCCUGUAGAGAAACCCGCAGAGAGCCAGUCUGUAGACUCUGCAGCAGGGGCAUCACCUCUUAUCUUCAGUCACAUCAAACGCUGGAAGAAAAUUAGACAGAAGUGGAAGGAGGCCUCCAAUAAAAACCAGCUAAGAUACAGCGAGAGCAUAAAAAUUCUUAAGGAAAUGUAUGAACGUUAGUUCACGCAUCAUCACUAGGUCAUCUGAACAAAUACUGUGUUAAGAGACAAACAAAGACACUCAAAUAGUCUGGUAUGAAGCCUUAAGUGAUUAAAAUAGUUCAAGCAAAAUUGUGAAUUGAUAACUGAACUAAAACUAUAUGUGUGUGAGCAAUUGUUUUUUGUAAUCUCUUUGUUUUUCUCUUGAAAUAACUCUGCAGUA